UAGUUUUGUGCUAAUUCUUUCGUUAUUACAUACAACUAUUAUUAUGGAAACUAAGAAGAGGGAACGUUCGGCGAAUUUCAACAGUACUGAAGUUCAACUUCUUGUAAGCCUCGUCGGGAUAAACAAACUUAUAAUAGAAAAUAAAAAAACGGACGCUAUCACUAAUAAGGAUAAAGAAUCCGCAUGGAACAAAAUUGAAACUUCUUUCAACUCGAGUUGGAUCUCUUCAAUUGAACGCUCCUGGAAAACAUUAAAAUUAAAAUAUGAAGGGGUUAAAAAAGGCACAAAAAAUAAGUCCUCUAUCCAAAGACAGGAGAUGUAUAGGACUGGAGGUGGUCCUUCCAAUGCUCCUGAAUUUACAGAUGUGGAAGGAAAAGUUAUGAGCAUUUGCUCUAACAUAAAAGGAUUGGAUGCUCGUCAUGAUAGUGAUACCAUCAAAAGUGUUCCAAUAUCUAUCAGCGAUAUGGUAAUAAUGGAUGUAGACGAGUUAAGAGGUAGUGAAACGCCAAAUAAUGCAGAGGAUAUUGUCCACAUUAGUAUACCUGAUAUUAAUGAAUCAUUAACUUUCGAACAAACAGAUGACAUCAAGAUAAUUGACAACGAGACACAUAAAGAUAUGAAUGAGUCAUUUACUGCAGACCAAAAGAAUUUCUACAACAAGAAUGAUAACCUGUCAGAAAAAGAAAAUAGAUGGGAUAAGUGGCACCCGAAAGCAUUGAAAUCGAGGGUGUCAAAUGAUCUAAAAACUGACACAGCAACUAAAAGAAGUGUCACAUCCAAACUAGAUGAAUUAAGUUCAGCUCGCUUGGAACUUGUGCAAAUUCAAAUGGAGACUGCCAGAAAAGAACAGAAGCACCAAGAAGAGGAACACAAAUUGAAAAUGCAACAUCAGGCUAAUGAUGAGUAGAGAAAACAAGAAAUACAUGCUUUACUACUACAAAAAUUAAAUUAUGCUCCACUCUCAGAUGAUACUAUUUGUAAACAUCUCUAAUAUUAUUUGUG